AAGCUUUAGACUUCAAUUCUUUAGCUACCUCUCUCCCAUGGCACGUUCGAAUGUACCCAAAUUUGGAAACUGGGAAGCUGAAGAGAAUGUUCCUUACACAGCUUACUUUGACAAAGCUCGUAAGACUCGAGCACCCGGUGGCAAGAUCAUUAACCCGAAUGACCCGGAGUAUAACUCUGAUUCUCAAUCACAAGCUCCUCCUCCUCCUUCCAGAACCAAAGCUGAGCAAGUUGAGCCGGUUAGAAGAUCGCGUGAGCAUAUGAGAAGCCGAGAAGAGAGCGAGUUGAAGCAGUUUGGUGAUGCUGGUGGUUCAUCAAAUGAAGCUGCUAACAAAAGACAAGGAAGAGCUUCUCAGAACAAUAGUUAUGACAAGUCACCUUUGCAUAAGAAUUCAUAUGAUGGUACUGGAAAAUCUAGGCCUAAACCUGCUAAUCUUAGAGCUGAUGAAAGCCCUGAAAAAGUCACAGUGGUGCCGAAGUUCGGUGACUGGGACGAGAACAACCCGUCAUCAGCUGAUGGAUACACACAUAUCUUCAAUAAAGUCCGCGAAGAGAGAAGUUCUGGAGCAAAUGUGAGUGGAUCUUCAAGAACGCCGACUCAUCCAAACUCCAGCAAACCUAACAACACUUCCACAUGUUGCUGCUUUGGCUUUGGAGGAAAAUGAAAGGGAAAUGUUUCCGGAAGAUUGUAUAUACUUAUCGAGAAAUCAGUGUGUAAUCUUAAUGAUGAGACCGACGUUCGAGCUUCUUUAGAUGAAAUAAGGCAUCAGUACCACU